AAAAGUGAACUUCCAUUCAUACCUCAAAACCCAGCUAAAGGGCUUCCCUGGUGGCGCAGUGGUUGAGAGUCCGCCUGCCGAUGCAGGGGACGCGGGUUCGUGCCCCGGUCCGGGAAGAUCCCACAUGCCGCGGAGCGGCUGGGCCCGUGAGCCGUGGCCGCUGAGCCUGCGCGUCCGGAGCCUGUGCUCCGCAACGGGAGGGGCCACAGCAGUGAGAGGCCCGCGUACCGCAAAAACAAAACAACAAAAAAACAACCCAGCUAAAAUGCCCCAUACUCCUUUGCCCUGCACAGUGCCCAGGGGGCCAACUGGAAUUGCCUUCACCUCUGGGGACCUCAGCUUCCCCAACCCCCGUUGACAUUUGUGAAUCUGAGAGGUUCUUUUUCUCACGCCAGAAGAUAAAAAAAAAAAAAAAAAAAAAAACCCCUAACAGUGGAUAUUCAUUAAGCACUCGCUGUAUGCCGGUCACUGUGCGAUGCUCUUUCCUUUCAUCAGCUCACUGAGUCCCUGUGAGAGCCCCAUGGGGUAAGUCCUGUUGUCGCCGUUUUACAGCUAAGGAAACUGAGGCCCAGAGAGGGGGAGGCUCUUGUUUAUAUCCUACAGCGAGGGGUGGCAGCCCCAGGCUAAUGGUGUCCCUCCAACCCCUGGAGCCCGGCCCUCCCUCUGCGGCUCAGAGCAGCCAGCACCUGGGUGGGAGGGGCCCCCUCAAUUAAUCACCUCGCUAAUCCUCCUUCCCACCCGACCCCAACCCCCUCGAGUCUGGCUGGGCCAGGCCAGCAGCAGACAGAGCUGGGCCGGCAGGGGCUGUCAGAGGGCCUGCUGGGAGCGGUGAGCGCUGGGCAGGUGGGCACAGGUGGGCCUGGGUGGGAGUUGGGGGCACAGAGAGCCCCCCAGGGCAGAAGACUGGGGGGGGGUAAGGAAGUGUUCCUAAGGGCAGUGUCCCAGCUUCUGCCUUCCUGGGGGUCCUAGACACAGAGACAGAGAGAUCAAGGGAGACAGAGGCAGUCAGGGAGAGCUCCAGAGGGAAAGAGAAAUAGAGGCGGGGGGACAGAGACAUAGAGAAAAAUGAUCAGAGAGAAAGAAGUGGAGACAGAGUCAGGUGAUCCGACAUGGACAGAGAGGCUGGGGAGGCAGAAUGCAGGACCCAGUGGAGGGAGAAGCCCCUCCAUAUCUUACCCCAGACCCAGCAGGGGCCGGGGGCUCCCCCGCCCUCCCCAGCCUCAGUCCCUCCCGUGUCUCACCGCCGUCUGUCCUGCCGCCGCCCCGCCAGGUGAGGGCGAGGAGGAGCCAUGUUCCUGAGCCUGGGCGAGGGGCCAGCGGCUGAGGGUGGGCGGCCAGGGCCUGGCGAGGAGGCUCCCAAGAAGAAGCACCGGAGGAACCGCACGACCUUCACCACGUACCAGCUGCACCAGCUGGAGCGGGCGUUCGAGACCUCCCACUACCCGGACGUUUACAGCCGCGAGGAGCUGGCCGCCAAGGUGCACCUGCCCGAGGUGCGCGUGCAGGUGUGGUUCCAGAACCGCCGGGCUAAGUGGCGCCGCCAGGAGCGUCUGGAGUCAGGCUCCGGGGCCGUGGCAGCCCCAAGGCUCCCCGAGGCCCCAGCACUGCCCUUUGCCCGCCCUCCCGCCAUGCCACUGCCCCUGGAGCCCUGGCUGGGCCCUGGUCCCCCAGCCGUGCCAGGACUCCCGCGCCUCCUGGGCCCGGGUCCGGGGCUGCAGGGGUCCUUCGGGCCCCACGCCUUUGGUCCAGCCUUCACGGACGGUUUCACCCUGGAGGAGGCGUCCUUGCGGCUGCUGGCCAAGGAGCACGUGCAGGCUCUGGACAGGGCCUGGCCAUCGGCCUGAGCCUGGUGCCCAGCCCUCCCUCCUCAGCCUGUCUGUGGCCACCCACGCCGGGUCCCCCACCCCACCACCACCUCCUUACCCUGCCUUGCAGGUUUCAAGAAGGAGGUGGCCAGAGGAUCCCCGGCCAGGGGGAUGGGCCCCUGGCCUGGUCUCAAGGGAGUCUGUGCCCUCGUGGGGCCUCAGUCUCCCCAUCUGUCAAGUGGGCAUGGGUGAGCUGGAUUCUGAGGUUCUUAGACUGCAAUCAGGAGCCACUGGGAUAUGAAUUCUGAGUUGAUAAGUCUAAGUCCCUCCGCCUGCUGCCCUCUCUCUAAGAAAUAACAAGUAACAGCAGUAGCAGCUCAUGUUCAACCCACCCCCUUUCACUGUGUGCUCCCAGUGUGCCCAUUGCUUUACCCCACGAGGUGGGCAUGGCCACCAGCCUCAUUUUUCGGGGGAGGAAACUGAGGCCCAGAGAGGGGAAGCCAGUUUCUUGAGGCCACACAGCCAGUAGGGGGCGGAGCUUUUUUAAAACUCAUUGCCUGACUCCAUCACCCCAGGCCCCAUGCU